CACACCCACGAAUGGCCGAUAAGAUUGUUUACUAUCAAAAGCAACAACUGGAGAAAAAUUUGUCUUUUAAUAUCAAGGGUUCCUGUUUGUAGCAUCAUUGAGAAAAAUGGGAAAGCACAAAGAAAAAUCUCACAAAAAAGACCGGGACCGGCAUGGCGAAGGAAGCAGCAAAAGAAAGCGCGAUUCUUCCCCUGAGGACGAGUACGCUAAAAUGGAGAAGGAAAGGCUGCGCGAUCUAAAAGAGCGAGACGAGUUUGCAGAGCGUCUCAAACAGAGAGAUCAGGACAAAACCAAGAAAAUUGCGGACAAAACCAAUACAAAGUCGUAUGAAGAAGCAGCUAAGAGGCUGAAAAUGGAGGCUUUAGAUAGAGAUAGCAUGUUGCCUAAGUUGAGGAUUGAAUCAAGAAGGCAGUACUUAGCGAAAAGGAAAGAAGAAAAGGUUGACGAGUUGGAGGCUGAUAUCAGAGAUGACGAGUACCUCUUCGAUGAAGGAAGUUUGACGAAACGCGAACGGGAAGAAAGAGAAUACAAAAAGAGAGUUUUGCAUUUGGCCAAAGAGCAUGACAAAGCAAGAGAGCUGGUGAAUAUACAGAGGUAUCACAUUCCAGAAGGAAAGAAGGGAGAGGAAGAAAAAUAUGUUGAGGUUGAUGAACGAGAAAAAGUCCCUCACUCAGAGCAGAGAAAAUGGGAGGAAGAGCAAAUGUCAUCUGCACAAUUCCGGUUUGGCGCAAAGGACGCAGCCAAGAAACGGUCUCAGGAGGACUACGACAUGAUUUUGGAUGAUGAAAUUGAGUUCAUCCAAGCCUUGCAGAAGCCUGGAAACCUAAAAAAAGAUGACAUUGAAGAGAUAUCUGAAACGAUGAAAAAGAAAAUGAGCAUUGAAGACACUAAGAAGAGUCUGCCAAUUUACGCUUUCAGAGACGAUCUAAUCAAGGCCAUCAAAGAACACCAAGUGCUUAUCAUUGAAGGAGAAACAGGCUCUGGAAAAACGACACAAAUUCCUCAAUACCUUCAUGAAGCAGGUUUCACAGAGGAUAAAAAGAAAAUUGGGUGCACCCAGCCCCGACGCGUGGCUGCGAUGAGUGUUGCAGCUCGAGUGGCUCAGGAAAUGGGAGUGAAGCUGGGAAAUGAGGUUGGAUACAGCAUUCGGUUUGAAGACUGCACAUCAGAAAGAACUAUGAUCAAAUACAUGACAGACGGAACAUUACACAGAGAAUUCCUAUCAGAACCUGACUUGCAAAGUUACAGUGUCAUGAUCAUUGAUGAAGCUCACGAAAGGACUCUGCACACUGAUAUUCUCUUUGGCCUUGUGAAAGACAUUGUUCGGUUCCGGACAGACCUGAAGCUCUUGAUCUCGAGUGCCACCUUGGAUGCUGAAAAAUUUUCUGGCUUCUUUGAUGACGCCCCAAUUUUCCGGAUACCAGGCAGAAGAUUCCCUGUAGACAUUUACUACACGAAAGCUCCUGAAGCCGACUACAUUGAUGCCUGUGUUGUGUCAGUGCUGCAAAUCCACGUCAGUCAACCUCUUGGGGACAUUCUUGUGUUCCUCACUGGCCAGGACGAAAUCGAGGCUUGCCAAGAGUUGCUGACAGAGCGAUCCAGGCGGUUGGGAAACAAGAUCAAGGAGCUGCUCAUUUUGCCAGUUUAUGCAAAUUUGCCGUCAGAAAUGCAGGCAAAGAUAUUUGAGCCCACCCCACCAGGUGCUAGGAAAGUUAUCUUGGCAACUAAUAUUGCAGAGACUUCUCUGACAAUUGACAACAUUAUUUAUGUGAUCGACCCUGGAUUUUGUAAGCAAAAUAACUUUAACUCAAAAACUGGAAUGGAAUCAUUGGUUGUAGUUCCAAUUUCAAAGGCUUCUGCAAAUCAGAGGGCAGGCCGUGCCGGUCGCGUUGCUGCUGGAAAGUGUUUCAGACUCUACACCGCCUGGGCGUAUGCCCACGAGCUGGAGGAGUGCACUGUUCCAGAAAUUCAAAGAAUCAACCUCGGCAACGCUGUAUUGAUGCUCAAGGCACUUGGCAUUAGAGACCUAAUGAAUUUUGAUUUUCUCGACCCGCCUCCACAUGAAUCUUUGGUUCUGGCUCUAGAGCAGCUUUACGCAUUGGGUGCCCUCAAUCACGAGGGUGAGUUGACCAAGUUGGGGCGCAGGAUGGCCGAGUUUCCAGUUGAUCCUAUGAUGGGCAAAAUGCUCCUAGCUUCAGAAAAGUACAAGUGUUCAGAAGAGAUUCUGACCAUCGCUGCAAUGCUGUCCGUGAACAGCUCACUGUUUUACCGCCCAAAAGACAAAGCAAUUCACGCUGACACUGCAAGGAAGAAUUUCAAUGCUCAAGGUGGUGACCACUUGACUCUUUUGAACGUCUACAAUGAAUGGGCUCAAUCAGACUACUCUACACAGUGGUGUUUUGAAAAUUACAUUCAACAUAGAUCGAUGAAAAGAGCCAGGGAUGUAAGAGACCAGCUCUCAGGCCUAAUGCAGAGGGUUGAAAUAAAGAUGGAGUCAAGUCCUUCCGAAACAAUCAAUGUUAGGAAGGCUAUUACUGCUGGGUAUUUCUAUCAUAUUGCGAGAUUGGGCAAAGGUGGGCAGUACAAAACAGCAAAGCAUAACCAAACGGUCACCAUUCACCCCAACAGCAGUCUAUUUGAAGAGCUCCCCCGAUGGGUGCUCUACCAUGAACUGGUCGUCACGACCAAGGAAUUCAUGCGACAGGUGACCGAGAUUGAAAGCAAAUGGUUGUUGGAAGUUGCGCCUCAUUACUAUCAAGCUAGAGAACUGGAGGACUCUACAAACAAGAAAAUGCCCAAGGUAGUCGGCAAGUCAAAGUCUCAGUUAGCAGGUGCUGCUGGCAUGUUGUGAGUAAACGAUGUUAACUUAAAUUGAUAUUCUGAAAAUUGGUCGUUAUUUUUUCUAUUAAAUGAAAUCAGAUCAAUGAGAGAAA